AGAUUGUGGAUGGACUGUUGGGUACUAGUUAAGGAUUCUGGAUUUGGCCGGGCACAGUGGCUCACGCCUGUAAUCCCAACACUUUGGGAGACCCAGGCAGGUGGAUCCCAAGGUCAGGAGAUCGAGACCAUCCAGGCUAACACGGUGAAAGCCCGUCUCUACUAAAAAAUACCAAAAACAGCCGGGCGUGGUGGCGGGCGCCUGUAGUCCCAGCUUCUGUGGAGUCUGAGGGAGGAGAAUGGCGUGAACCUAGGAGGCGGAGCUUGCAGUGAGCCGAGAUCACGCCACGGCACUCCAGCCUGGAAGACAAAGACUCCGUUUCAAAAAAAAAAAGAAUUCUGGGUUUGAAUCCUGCCUCUCCGUCUGCUAGGGAUAUGAUUUAUGGCAAGUUGCUUGAGCUCUUUGGGCCUCUCUUUUCACAUCUGUAUAAUAGAGGUGGUAUUGUUUGACUUGUAUUUGUGAAGUUUAAAUGAGAUUUAUAAUUGUUGAUUUUAUGUUAAUCCCUAGUACAUGGCCUGCUGUCAACACCCAGGACACCCAGGAUAUGGUCUUUGCUGUUUGAGUUUCCUCAUCCCCAGUCUCAAGGGGAAGCCAGGACAAUGAGAACAGUCACUUGCCAUCAGGAGUCACUGAAAGGGCCCCAGGGUGGGAUGGUGCGGAGAUAAGAACCAUGAGAGAAGUUGGCACAAAGGAGUUAUGGGACAAAGGUCCAAGACAGGCAGAAAAGAAAAUGUUGCCAGUUGAUGGGGAAGAAAGGAAGUCGGAGGGCUCAGAUACUGAGGGGGACAGAACAUCUCCAUGUGCACUCUCAUCUCUUGUAGUCAGCAACAGAACCCACACCAAGAACAAGCAGCAGUCCUGGACUCGAGGUCCGUAAAAAUCAGUCGACUGAAUAACACCAUCAAAUCUUUGAAACAACAGAAGAAACAAGUGGAACAUCAGCUGGAAGAAGAAAAGGAAGCAAACAAUGAAAAACAGAAAGCCCAAAGGGAGCUAGAGGUUCAAAUCCAGAGAUUGAACAUAGAGAACAAGAAACUAAAUACGGACCUGUAUCGCACGAAACGUUCUCUCAGAUACUUUGAAGACGAGUCCAGGGAUCUGGCCGGCCGCCUGCAACGUUCAUCACAGCGUACAGGAGAGUUAGAGCGGGCUCUCUGUGCUGUCGCCGCCACGCAGAAGAAGCCGGAUGGGUUCUCGAGCCGCAGUAAAGCACUUAUGAAGAUGCAGUUAGAGCAGUCCAUAAGGGAGCAGAUACUGCUGAAACGACACAUGACACAGUUGAAGGAGUUACUUAAAGAAGUCCAGCUGGAGAGAGAUCAAUAUGCGCAACAAAUAAAAGGAGAGAGGGCCCAGUGGCAGCAGAGGAUGAGGAAAAUGUCGCAGGAGGUUUGCACAUUGAAGGAGGCGAAGAAGCAUGAUACGCAUCGGGUAGAAGAGCUGGAGAGGAGUUUGUCCAAACUCAAAAACCAGACGGUUGAACCACUGCCCCCGGAUCCCCCAGCAGUGUCCUCUGAGGUGGAGCUGCAAGACCUGAGGAAGGAGCUGGAGAGAGUGGCAGGAGAGCUCCAGGCUCAGGUGGAAAACAAUCGGCGCAUCAAUCUCCUGAACCGUGGGCAAAAGGAGAGGCUUCGCGAGCAGGAGGAGAGGCUUCAGGAACAGCAGGAGAGGCUUCGGGAACAGGAGAAGAGGCUUCAGCAGCUGGCCGAGCCACAGAGCGACUACGAGGAGCUGCUGCAGAACUUGCUUCUCUCUGUCCAGAAGAACGAGGACAAGAGCGCCCUGCAGUUGGAGCAGCAAGUAAAGGAGCUGCAGGAGAAGCUGGGCCAGGUGACGGAGACGGUCACCUCGGCCCAGAAGGAGCCAGAGGCAGCAGCCCCAGCCUCAGGGACUGGGGGCGAGUCUGUGAGUGGGGAGACCCUCCGGGCCCUGUGGGAAGUCAUGGAGAAGCUGGAGAGCGGCCUUAUGGACCUCCUGGAGGAGAAGGCGGACCUGAGGGAGCAUGUGGAGAAACUGGAAGUUGGAUUCAUCCAGUACUGGAGAGAGAGAUGCCAUCAGAAAGUGCAUCGCCUUCUAACAGAGCCAGGGGGCAGUGCCAAAGACGCGGCACCUGGAGGAGGACAUCAUCAGGCUGGCCCAGGACAAGGAGGAGGGGAAGGUGAAGCUGCUGGAGCUGCAGGAGAUGGUGUUGCGGCUUGUGCCAACUAUAACGAGGGGCACAGCAAAUUCCUGGCCGCUGCCCGGAACCCUGCUGCUGAACCCGAUCCAGGAGCCCCAGCCCCCCAGGAGCUUGGGGCUGCCGACAUGCAUGGUGAUCUUUGUGAGGUGAGCCUCACCAACAGCGUGGAGCCUGCGCAAGGAGAAGCCAGGGAGGGUUCUUCCCAGGACAACCCUACUGCACAGCCAAUCGUGCAGCUCCUUGGUGAGAUGCAGGACCACCAAGAGCACCCAGGCUUGGGCAGCAACCCCUGUGUGCCAUGCUUUUGCUGGGCUUGGCUGCCCAGAAGAAAGAGAUAAACACCACCAUCAUCAAAGAGCUGCUCAAGACAUUGUUAAAAACGAAACAAAGUUACGGGGUUAAUCUCCUACACAAUUCAUUUACUUCAUUUGAAUGUUACAGCCACUCGUGAUUAUUUGUGUUUCUAAUUUAUAGUUUAAGUUUAUUUGUAGAAAAUUAAAGGAGAGUGGGUCUCUGUGGCUCUCACUGAUGUUCACUCUGGCAUCCUUUAGCAUUUUUCUUUUUUAAUUUCAUAAUUGUAGGGCAUUAGCAUGCAUAUCGAGUUUGCCCUUACGUGGUGGGAGUUCAAACACACAAAGACCCACUCGUCGCACAAAACUCUUCUCGCUGGUUUGGAAUAGGCUCCCGUGCUUUUUAAAUGUUAUUUCAGCGUGUAUAUUCAUUACAGAAUUCAGAUAAAAUUUGCUUAUGUUCUGCUAUUAUGCUUGAUCUCAUCUUAAUCACAGUGAGCUCUUCAAGAGCUCAAUAUGUGCUUUGCCCUCAAGUGUGCACUGUUUAUUACUUUGUAAUAUGCCACUAUGAGUACUGACAUUUAGAGUUGUUUAAAGGCCGAGAACUGGAAACAGCCUUUCCUCCAUUUUCUGUGUAUUGGUGAUGGGAGUAAUAACCUUUUGGGGGAGCUUUUUAAAUCUCACAGAAGAGGAAAGUGGCCUCCUCUGGCAGGUAUGUGCAGGAUAGAGUGUGUUUCAUUUGUUCCGGUGCCAAGAAUGAGCACUGUACUGUGGCAGUUCCCUUAGGAUUUGUAUAUGCUCUGGGCUCAUGAAGAUAUUGCAUCGUGAGCUGCAGCAGUUGUACUCUUUUCCAAUGACCUAAAAAGGGCUUAUUUCCGAGGAAUGAAAGGCUCCCAUCAUUGGCUGUGGAUGUGGAAAACCUUUCCUAGCUUAGAGCAUUUGUAUCUAUAAUACAUUUUAAAGUCAGAGUUCAUGUUACCUGUUUUAAUCACGACUUCCUGUCCCAGUACACAAAAGGGCACUGGUUGGCAUUCUUCUUAAUGUAUUUAGUAAAGAUCAUAAGAAAUCCUUUAAGAGUUUAAAUGUCCCUGGAACAGGCAUACAGGCUCUGGUCAAGAAUGAAUUAGAGUGAAGGAAAGCUGUGUGGUGCCUGGCAUUCCUCUCUGUUCAUGGAGCUUCUUUGAGGCUUGAAGAUUGAUUUUACCAUCUAGACGUUUCUGGCUAAUACCUAUUCUUCAACCACCUUGGUUACUCUGACAUAGGAAUUUACUUCUUUUCCUUGAGUGGAAAACACUUUAAUAACAAACAUUAUUAUAAACUAAUAUAUGUGAGAGUACUUAGUUGAAACAAAAAGGAAUUUUAGUAGACAGUAUUAUACUAUGUUUGAAAAUAAAGGAGAAGUUUAUGCAACUUAAAAUGUUUACAAACUGCAGUGCAAUCUACUGUUUGUGAAUGUCAGUGUAUUAUCAGGAAACGUGUUUAUACAAUCGCAGAGUUGUAUUUCCUCACAAACUUUUUACGAAGAGUGAAAUAUGUUUUUGUACCUCUCAGUUUCAGUCAGGGACAUAUUUUGUGCAGUAUUUAUGUGAUUGUGCCUAUGAGUGAUGAAUGAAUGCAUUUCAGUCAUACAUUGCCUAAAUCAUAACUUGAUGAUGCUUGGGAAAGAAUCAACAGUUAAAACUCCAUGAAGAUCUAAUGUCUGUGUUCCAAAACACAUCACAUUAUUAGGUUGUAGGGAGAUAUGUAUGUGUGCUCCCUGGGGUGGGGAUUUUCUAGUUACUAGAUCAUCUCUAUUUUUAGCAUUUGGCAUCCUCAUGAUCCUUUUAUAAAUAUGAGAUUAACAGGAGAGCAGCAAUAUGAUUUUGCCAAUGGAAUAACAGAUUUGCUGGAAUUCACUGAAAGAGGGCAGAUAUUGGGUCCUUGUGACUUCAACUGACUCUUCCAAACUGUAUGAAUUUAUCAAUGUAUUAGAUAAACCCAGUUUCAGAAUGAUAAAGAAAAAAUAUUAGACCAAAUAAUGCGGCUAAUUAACAGUGGUAUGAUUUCUAGCCCGUGGGUUUAAAACUGUAUCUUAAAGAGUCAUUUUAAAAUAAUAUAAAUAUUAAAAAAUGUAACUGCUAUCUUAAUGUUCUGAAAUAAGUUAAAACAUUUUAAAAUAUGAAUGUUGUAGUUUGAAAGAAAGAAAUGGUGGGAAGGAAAAGUAGAGAAAGAAAUGCCAAUUCCAGUCCAAAGCUUUAUUUGCCAAGUUUUCUUAGAAAGAAUUUUACCAAUGUAUGAGUUCUUGUUAACAGAAUGUAUAAUGGAAAUACUGAAAGACUUUUGCCUAAAGUGGCAUUAUUGACUGCUGGCGUGAUGCUACUGUAAUGUAAUAAAUUAUUAAAUUGUUGCAAA